AUGCGAUGUUCUCCCCUCUUGUCUGCAGAUGCCUGUGAGUUCACACUGGACCAAAACACAGCAAACACACGUCUGUCUCUCUCUGAGGGGAACAGAAAGGUGACAUGGGUGAGUGAGAAGCAGCCGUAUCCUGACCACCCAGAGAGAUUUGACUGGUCUCAGGUGCUGUGUAGAGAGGGUCUGUCUGGACGCUUCUACUGGGAGGCUGAGUGGAGUGGUAGUAGUGCUGGGAUAGCAGUGGCAUAUAAAAGCAUCCUGAGGAAAGGGGAGGAAAGGAGUGACAGCCUGUUUGGACGUAAUGACAAGUCCUGGAGUCUGUAUUGCUUUGUUGACAGUUACUCUGCCCAUCACAAUUAUAAGAGGACUGACAUACCUGCCUCUUCCUCCCGCUCCAGGAGAGUAGGAGUGUACCUGGACUGGCCAGCAGGCACUCUCUCCUUCUACAGCGUCUCCUCUGACACACUCACCCACCUGCACACGUUCCACUCCAAAUUCACUGAGCCCCUCUAUCCUGGGUUUAGGGUUUGGAAUUAUAACUCCUCAGUAUCCGUGUGCCAGAUCACAUGACCUCCUGAGUUUGUGUGUGUGUGUGUGUGUGUGUGUGU